AUGAUUAUUUGUAAACACGGGGGCCCCCAAAACCCUACGGGGCCGAAGUUUCCCUGGCUUGCCAUUGCCUUCAGCCUCGCCUCAGCGGGAGCAGUCCCAGACCCCAAAAUCACAGAGCGGCAAAUAACCAGGGUAGGCAGCUCUACCGACUGCCCCGCCCCCACCACUACCCAAGGGUUCCAAUGGGAUACAAAAUCCUGUACCAAUUCUUAUUUCGCCCCCUGGGCCUUUCCAAUCGAUAAGUGGGUCGAUCCUCCAAAACUCAAUAUAACAGUCGCCGGAGUCCCCAUUACGGCCACGGUCGACACAGGAUCCACAGGUCUCGUGGCCUCGAUAGGUCUAUUCCCCAACGUCACUUUCACCAAAACUGUUCCUACGCAUAUAUUCUACAGUAGUAGUCAUUGGCUCGAGGAAGGGUACGAAGAAUGGAUUGACAUGUCGUUUGGGCCGUAUGCUAUGCGAACCAAGAUACUUGUUAAGGAUAAGGAAGUUUGUUGUCCAACUUUCGAUGGUACGACGGAUGGUCACAGAUGCCCUACGAGUAAAACCGCGAGAGGCUGUAACUGCUCUCCCGGCGGUUGUAGGAGCAAACGGGAUGAGGAAGAAGAUUACGACACCGAAGCCAAGAGGGAAGUCGUCAACCUACCCCAUGUAGCAUAUAUGGGAAUCGGAUUCGGCAGGGGCGAUCCCCAAAAUGCCAAUCCAUUUUUGGAUACGCUUACCUACAAUGGUCAACCAUCGAACGGCUCGAGUAGCAGCUACUGCCAGGGCUACGUGAUCACCCACGAUGGUUUAUACCUGGGCCUAAACCAGGACAUCACUAAGAAUUUCGCUUGGACUACUCUCUCACAACAAGACGUCGGAGGAUCUAGAGACUGGAAUACGCCGCCAAUGGUAUAUAGAGUUGACAACGGUGCACGACAAAGUGGAACAAUCCUGGUUGAUACUGGAAUCCCGAACUCAUAUUUCACCAACAGCCCUAUCACCUGGAAUAACGGCUCAACCUUCGAAAUAUCUGUGCCGGGAACCUCGCAGCUUUACAAAGUGAAAUAUGAUAUAAUUAAAGGGGUUGACUUUGGAGUUGUCAGUUCUCCUAAUCCUAUGCAGCCAAAUACAUUCGGAAUCAGCUCCAAGGCUGGAUAUGUCAAUACUGGGAGGAAGCUUCUGAACUGCUUCGAUCUUGCUUAUGAUUCUAUUGGUGGGAAUUUUGGAUAUAGAUACCUGAAUGCGGCUGGCUGCUCACAGUAUGUGACUGCAGCACCAUCCGCUAUACCUAGCUAA